AUGGUAAUUAAACGAAAACGCAAUUCGAAUCCGACUGCUCCAAUUUUGGUGACAGGGACUAAGCUGGAUACUACGACACAUUCUAAUAAGGUUGAACGUCGAGGGAAUCGAAGGCGUCGAGGACUUACACGAAAAUUCGGGGUUUUUUCAAACCUUGCUGAAUCUUCGAAUGCAGAAGAACUUGAAAUUAGGCGUUUAGAAAAAAAAUUAGGAAUUAAAUCGGAUGGCAAAUUGACGAAAGCCUUUGUUGAAGAUGGAUUAGACGAUUUAUUAGAAGGAUUUGAGAUCGGCUCUAAAAGGUCGAAAUCAGCUAAUUUUUUGAAGGAUUCAGGUUCAGAGCAAAUUAAGGAUGAUGAUACUUUUGAAGCAGAGGAAUCAGAACAUUUUGAGGAUUUCAACGUAAUAGGCGAAUUGAAUGAAGGUGAAGACAAUCUUUGCGAAGUCGAUGUGACUAUUGAAGAGUUUGAUGAUGUUCAGCAGCUUGAACACGUCACGAAAGUUGACUCAGAACCCAUGUAUAAUGGAGAGUUAACUAAUUAUAUUCCAACUCCUUUAGACAAGUAUCUUCCACCACAUAUUCGUGAUAAAGCUCUAGCCUUAAAUGUUUCAGAGACUGAUAAAAUUAAAGCUGAACAAAAAAUACGGUUACAACGCCAGUUUCAAGGAUUACUGAACAGAUUAAGUGAAUCUAAUAUCGAAAAUAUAAUUGUGAGCAUAAAAGAAUUAUACGACAAGCACAUACGACAUGAUGUGAUAUCGACGCUUACAAAUCUCGUUUUGAAUAUGAUCUCAUCAAAGACAAUGCUUUUGGAUCAAUUCGUAAUUUUGUAUGCUGCUUUUGUUGCCGCAUUGUAUAAAACUAUAGGGAUUGACUUUUGUGCAAAUUUCAUACAGACCCUUAUUGAAGAAUUUGAGGGUUUCCAUGGCCAAUUUUAUAGAUCAAUAGACACAAAAGACAUUGAUUGUAAUGCUGGCAAAGAGU